CAACAUCAGCGUUUCAGGCGCCAUCGUCCGUUGGCUGUCGACAACACACCGGCCAAUGUUUUCUUGAAACACGUGUUCGGCAUCCCUUACCAUGGAGGAAAUCGAGGAAGCACACGUGCUACAAUCGGCCAAGAAGGAGCGUAAGAAGCGCAAGGCCCUCGGGGAUUUGCAAGCGGAAGGAGACUUUCUCAUCGCACCCUCGGACAAGGCCGGGAGCCUCAACACAUCCCAGUGGCCGCUGCUGCUCAAGAACUUUGACAAGCUCAAUGUGAGGACCAACCAUUACACACCCAUGCCGCAUGGCUGCAAUCCGCUCAAGCGAGAUAUCCGCGAGUACAUACGAUCAGGCUUCAUCAACCUGGACAAACCAUGCAACCCAUCGUCCCACGAGGUGGUCGCUUGGGUCAAGCGCAUACUCAAGGUGGAGAAGACAGGCCACAGUGGGACACUGGACCCCAAAGUGUCGGGCUGCCUCAUUGUGUGCAUCGAACGGACUACACGACUUGCCAAGUCCCAGCAGAGUGCGGGCAAGGAGUACGUGGCCAUCUUCAAACUGCAUCAGGACGCCCCUUCGUUUGCACACGUUGCCCAGGCAUGCGAGAAGUUGAAAGGCGCCAUGUUCCAGCGGCCACCUCUGAUUGCAGCUGUCAAACGGCAGCUGCGCAUCCGCACCAUCUACGACAGCAAGCUGUUAGAGUUCGACACCAAGCGCAACCUGGGAGUGUUGUGGAUGAGCUGUGAGGCAGGCACGUACGUGAGGACGCUCUGCGUGCACAUUGGCCUACUGCUUGGCACAGGAGCCGUCAUGGAGGAGCUGCGGCGUGUCAGGUCGGGCAUUCAGGAUGAAAAGAGCAACAUGGUGACCAUGCACGAUGUGCUGGAUGCCCAGUGGCUGUUUGAGAACCACCGGGACGAGGACUACCUGCGACGAGUCAUCCAGCCUCUGGAACGCCUGCUAGUCAGCCACAAGCGAAUUGUCAUGAAGGACAGUGCGGUGAAUGCAGUGUGCUAUGGUGCCAAGGUGAUGCUGCCCGGAGUGCUACGCUACGAGGAUGGCAUCGAGAACAACGAGGAAGUCGUCAUUAUUACCACCAAGGGUGAAGCCAUCUGUCUCGGUGUUGCACUGAUGUCGACAUCCACCAUUGCCACAUGUGACCAUGGCAUUGUUGCCAAGAUCAAGCGGGUCGUCAUGGAGCGGGACACCUACCCUCGCAAGUGGGGCCUUGGGCCAAAUGCGCUGAAAAAGAAGCAGAUGAUCAAGGACGGCAAGCUGGACAAGUACGGCCGUCCCAACGAGAACACGCCCACUGGAUACGAGGAGGGAGCACCAGCGGGUAGUGGCCAUGAUAGCAACAAGAAGCGGAAGCACAGCACAGUUGAAGAUGGCUCGGGAGAUGCACAGGCCAGUCAUGCAAAGGAGAGUGGCAGCGAAGUUGAGGAACAGACCCCCUCCAAGGCGGAGAAGAAGAAAAAGAAGAAGAAGAAGAAGCACAAGAGCAGUGACGAGUCUGAGUGAUUCCAGUACAGAGAUGCAAAAUGAAUUCCAGAGGAGGAGAACGUUGUGCUACUCAUUAUUAAUCUUUUUCCCCUAACUCGCAGAUGUAGGCAGAACUUUCUUGACUCACUCAUUUGAUUGCGCUUUCAGUGCUUUGAGUUGUAAAUCAACUUGGCCUCGCAUGGAUACAGUUGGCAUAAGUUAAAAGUGACUUCAGCAGGGCUGACAGAAUUGUUCCAAUUAUCUUGUGGCUCCAAUUGAAAGAAAGGGGGGAAAACUGCCCUAUUCGGCAGCCUUUUUGUGGGUUUUAAUGUAUGAAACAAUGUGUACUCAAGUGUGUACUCAUGGACCGAAGUUUAUUAUGAGAAAAAUGUAGCAUGUUCUUGAUUGUUGCAUUAUGAAAGAGUGCAAGCUGCAGAGUUUAUCCUGUAUAAUUGAAAUUACAAUAUGCUGAUCGUCAUUCUGAGGCAGUAUCACCUAAUCCCUAUAAGCCACAUGUCCUGCAUUCAGUUUGUGUUCGAAUCACGAAUUAGAUAGGGCCCAUGCCUAGACUCUCAGGGCAGUACUUAUUUUGACCCACACAAGACUGCGGCAAGCUUAGCACAGAAAAUGAAUCUUUCAGGCAGACUUUCAUAAUAAAAGUAGUGCAUCAACAUCACCUACCUACAGCACAGUGGCCCGCACAAAGUCUGCCCUGUUGUCGUAUUGUGAGUACAGUGGAAAUUGAACUGGCUUCAACAGUAGGGCUAUUACUAACAUCCCAAAUGCAGUUUCGUAUCUUUAACGUACAGAUUGCCCCUUUUAAGAAAAAGAAGUGCAUGUUAGAAUGAGCUAAAUAAUCCUAAAUACAGGGCAGAUCACAAAUAGGUGUUUUCAGUGGUGCUGCUUGCUAUGAAUGUACAAAUAGUGAUUUUUGAAACAGUACCAAAUGGUGCCACAAGAGAAUCGAAUGGAAUAUUAAAUAGUUAUUGAAUAAUGAGCAGCCAUUAUCGCAGUUAUAAAGUGACGUUCACCUCCUAAAAUUCUUAAUGUUGGCAAGUUUCUGUCAUUGCAUAAUACAUUGUGAAACGUUUAUCAAAAGCACGAAUGGAGCUAUUAAAGAGACGACAGUUGCGUAAGAGGUUUAUUGACGA